ACGCUAGUGAGUGAUCAAGUGUAUAGUAAUUGUAUAUUAACGUGAGAUUACAAUAGUAUUGUGACAUAUUACACAACUUUGUGAAUUCCAACAUCAGCAUCUUUUUGGAUUACAGUGAAGUGUAAAACAAUUUCUAUUUUGAGUUUUUUGAAUUGUUCAAAAGUGUAUCGAUCGAUUAGAUUGAGAUCUACCAGUUGUUUAGAAAUGUGUGUGGAAACUGAAAACCAAAAAUCUGAAAUGUUCAACAGAACUAAACUAAGUCGUGCUAUGCACGCCAUGUUAACCCAAGCAAGAUCAAAUAGUCGCCUAAUUUGUGGACUUCUUCCUACCAUAGCCCACCUUGAAACUUCACCUGAAGAUGUAAUAUUUUGUCUACUUCCUCAAACCAGACCAGGGGAUGCUAGUGCACAUAUGCAAACAGUAUUAUUACAGGCCUUUUGUUAUGAAAACUACAUACCAGUCAUUCAGGUGGAUAGCAGUGAAAAAUUAGCUGAUUAUUGUGGAGAAACCUACUCAGAAAACCAAACCAAUUGCACUUGUGCCAUAGUAACUAGAGACUUCAGCUUGCCAUCUACUCCAGAGGAUGAGAUUCCUAUGUCACCCACAGAGAAGAUGUUAGCAGAUUUUUAUGAUUUUACCUUGGAGCAAUCAACAAGACCAAUUAUUGAAUUGCCCAGUUGAAUUUAUCCUGACUUGACAUACCACAACGAAUAUAUUCAAAAAAAUGGUUAAAAAAAGCCGCAGUUGGCAGCUACAGUUCUUCUGAAGUUGAUAGGUGUCAUCAAUGAUGUCUUGAAUGGCAUAAAAUGCAUUUAUUGUAAAGGUGUCCAAAAAUGAUAUGAAUUUAUAUUGGACACACGAUCCUAUCUUGAUUUUUCUUUUGCUUUGCUGCAGGAAGCAGGCAUUGCAAUGGUUCUAGGAUUGGUUAUGUAUAGAUUGUUUGACAAUACUUUAACAUUCUAUUGUUGAUAAGUUUAUUUUGUAAUAGAUAAUUAGAAGAGAUUUUUAUAUGUUGUUAAGACAAAUGAGUAAGAUUUUUUGAGAAUAAA